AACAACUCACCAUUUUCAUCUCCUUGAAUACCCGUAUUGGAGUUUGAGGCUCAGAGAUGGGGAUGAAUGUGUACACACAAUGGCGCCUCAUCAACGUUGGGACACUCUUCAUUGGCUAUGCUCUCUAUGUCUUAAACAGAAAGAGUUUUGUCUUCCUUUUACCAGAAAUAAUAAAGGAAGAAGGCCUCAAGAAUAAUGAUCUUGGUACCAUUACAAGUAGUCUAACAUUAGCCUACGCCAUCAGUAAGUUUAUCGGAGGGAUUAUCUCCGAUCAGAUCAGCCCUCGAGUAAUGUUUCCAAUGGGUCUCUUUGCCACCGGUGUUCUCUCGCUACAGUUCUCUGUCUCGACGUCGGUGGAAAGUUUCAUCGUGAUGUCGUUCCUGAUGGGGCUUGCUCAGGGUGUGAGCUGGCCCGGAGUAGCCAAGGUCCUGAAACAGUGGUAUUUGCCAUCGGAGAUUGGUCUAUGGUGGAGCCUGAUAUCAUCUGCUGCUAAUGUCGCAGGGACUCUAGGACCCCUCGGUCUGGCUCUACUUGCAAUCAACUUCGGUUGGAGAGGCGCAAUGCAGUUCUGUGCUGGGAGUGCUAUUAUUGUCGCUGCGAUGGCUGGAUUCAUAAUACGAAGCUCACCUGCUGAUGUCGGACUGCCAUCUCUACAUUCCAAUGUUGAACGAUCAAAGAAUAAUGAUACAACAAAAACAUCUGAAUCAGCGAGUAUUUUUGAGAAUCUCAAGUCCAUCUUAACGAGCCCAGCACUCUGGGUUAUAGCUCUACUGUUUAUGAUCAGCAACUUUCUUGUUACUGGGAUGACAGACUGGGGCCAACUCUUCCUGAUACAAGAGAAAGGUCUUAGUCAUACAACAGGAAGCUCAUUUACAAGUGCAUAUUCCCUUGGUGCUACCGUUGGCAGUAUAACAUCAGGAUAUAUUACAGAUAAACUAGUAGCAAAGUAUGGACGGAGGCGGAGGGGAACAUCACGGUAUCCAUGGUUACUACUUAUGGUUGCAUUGAAUCUUUUAUCACUCCACGCGCUGAGAAAUUACAUCACUCCAGAAACUUACCAGGAGCUUAUACUACUGGUUGGCCUAUGCCUGGGGGUUGCUCAGAAGAGCUGUGUGGCAUUGUUUGGCAUCCUAGCCGUUGAGAACUCUCCCAUUCAUCUAUCCGGGACAGUGCAUGCCUUCGCUGCUCUGGCUUCAAGCGCUGGUGGUGUAUUAGCUGGGCUACCUCUGACCUACAUCUCGCAGCAUUAUUCCUGGUCACACGCCCUCUACUGCAUGGAAUUGGUCUCAUUUCUCAGCCUUAUCACCAUGCUCCUUGUACGCAGGAUGAACAUGAGAAUUGGUUACCAGUCUCCCAACAAAUCAGAGUAAAUUGGAGCCUGCAAGGUCCCUCUAUAUGGUUACAAUGCCAUUGUUAUUCAUGGAGUGAAAGCCCAUUUCUCAGCAUUAUCAUCAUGCUCCUUGUACGCAGGAUGAACAUGAGAAUUGGUUAUCAGUCUCCUAAAAAAAGAAGGCUGAGUUCAAACUCACAGGGUUUAUACAUCAUUAAUCAUUCUUCAUAGAGUGAUUAAUCAUUCUCCAUAGAGUGAGCUGAUUUUUUAAAGCUUUUAUUUAAUGCUCUCAAUAUGCAGGAGGAACAUGAGAAGUGGUCACCAGUCUCCUAAAAAAGCAGGCUGAGUUCAAACUCACAGGGUUUAUACAUCAUUAAUCAUUCUUCAAAGAGUGAGCUGAUUUUUUAAAGCUUUUAUUUAAUGCUGACAAUAUGCAGGAGGAACAUGAGAAGUGGUCACCAGUCUCCUAAAAAGCAGGCUGAGUUCAAACUCACAGGGUUUAUACAUCAUUAAUCAUUCUUCAUAGAGUGAGCUGAUUUUUUAAAGCUUUUAUUUAAUGCUGACAAUAUGCAGGAUGAACAUGAGAAUUGGUCACCAGUCUCCUAGAAAAUCAGACUGAAUUGGGACUCAUUACAAGGUUUAUAUGUUUAUGAAUUUUCAUGGAGUCAAGUCCAUUUCUGAGCAUUAUCAUCAGCUCCUUAUGUGCAUGUUGGAUAUAA